AUGGCAACUUCGAAUGGUGUAUUUGAUCAAGAUCCAGAGCUUAGUCAUGGCUUUCCCGUAGCUCCAAGGCAAAUCUUACACCUCCGGGCAUGUACGAAUUGCGUCCGGGCAAAAGCAAAGUGCUCUGUCGGUGUCGACAUUAAAGGGAGGUGCGAGAGAUGUGAUCGCAUGAAUAAAGAUUGUACACCUUCACCUCCAAUGCGAAAGCGUCGGGCAAUGAAGAGACCUUCUGUAAUAGAGACUUCUAAGCUUGAGCAGAAAUUAGAUGGAAUUGUCACGCUUCUGAAAUCUGCUUCUCAAGGUGCGCCAGUUCUGAGCGCCCCAAGUACCAACACAUCGUUGGACUAUAGCCCAUCAAGUUGCGAUGGUUUUGGUAAUGCAGAGGCUGCCAUUGAUCCCAGCUACCACGAGCACACAUACGCGAAACAAUUUCCCAGUAUGCAUAUUACUAAAAAAUUUCUAACUCCAAAAGCAUUAUCUUCUUAUUCUUCAGAACAAACGGUGCCAAACUUCCCGCCACUAUUGCUUCAUCUAUCUUUGCAGCCUAGCCCAGAAGAUAGCGAGCUCUAUUUGAACAAGUUUCGAACCGAUUUCGCUAAGCAUGUUCCAUUCAUUCUAAUCUCGCCAUCUGUAACUUCUAUUCAGCUCCGUCAAGCGCGCCCUAUCCUGUGGGUUUGUAUCAUGGCUGUUGCUUCCAGUAACUCCACGCAACAGAUAGCACUGUCGAAGGAAGCUAGAGCCAUUUUCGGACGGGAAGCAUUUGUUGAGGGGACCAAGAACAUGGAUUUCCUGUUGGGGAUUCUUGUUUAUGCUACAUGGGAUCAGCACCAUUCUAUGGAUAGACCCAUUUUUGUAAUUCUUUUGCAGAUUGCCAUAGCUAUGUUAUAUGAGCUUGGUUUAGACAAGCCGGCGUCAACAGAUCCAGGUCUGAUCUUGUCGAAUGAAAUGAAAGGGCUUCGACAUCCUUCAAGAUCUGCAACUAUGGAGGAACAAAGAGCUUGGUUCGGCUGCUUCUUGAUGAGCUCACGUUCCUCUGCAAUUUCGCGGAAAGGCGACGCUCUCCGUUGGACGGCAUAUUCGAAUGAGUGUCUUCGUGUGAUAGAGUCGCAGAAUGAAGUCGCAUCUGACAUUCUCCUUGUUCAACAAGUAAAGUUGCGUUUGAUCUCCGAAAGGGUGACGGACGCACCCUGGUCGAGUGCUAUGAUGGCAGUCGACUCCACGAAUUUUGCGAUAUUCUAUCUCCGGUCAAUGGAAACCCAGCUCCUUGCUUUCAAGUCUACUAUCCCAGCUGAGCUUUCGCAAAAUAAAACUCUGCUUAUGGAGGUCCACGACACGUCGCUUCGCAUUCACGAAAUUGCUCUCUGUCACAAGCCUGAUAUCUUCAGUGCUGACUCAAAUCAACGUCUUAAAUCUCUACAUGCCUGCCUCAACGCCGUGAGCUCCUGGGUCCUCAUUUUCCUCAGUAUUGCGCCAUCACAAUAUGUCGGUUUGCCAACAACGACCUUUGCCCAGUUCGUUCACUUCUUUGUCAGCAUUUACCGCCUCGAGACUUUUGAAGACCCUUUAUGGGACCGGCGGCUUGUGCAAGAGACACUUGAUGUUUUAACCUUUUUGGAGACAGCGGAACGAAACCUCAUGCUCGUCAAGGAAGCAGCGGGUCUCGAUAGGGAUGGUUCCGAUGAUGUAGAUAUUUUCAGUGUUUUUGCGGCGAGACUGAGGGUGUUCAAGAUGUGGUGGGUAGCCAGAAAUUCUAACGCUGCUGCUGGUACGUUGGAGGGAGAGGGGACGGUUGAUUUUAAUGUGGGGUUUCUUGAUAAUGAGUGGUUCAAAGAUAUACUUGAGCCCUGGAAUGGAUAG